CCGGCGCAUGCGCAGUAUACCAAUGUGCAAGGAAAGAGGGCAUGUCUUGUAGUUCAUGAGUGUUGUUUGGUUUGUCUGCUGUUCCCUGGCCCUACUAGCUGGUGAAAUCAAAGGGAAGAUACUGUAGCCUCGACAUAUUUCAAGAAGAUGUCUGACUAUCUCACAAUAGCAGAUCUAAACAAAGUGUACCUCGCUACGUUUGAAGCUCGAAUCAAGUGGCGAAACAUCUUGUUAAUGCUCGAAGUCUCUGCAGCUACAAUCAGAAGUAUCAGCAAAGAAUGGAACAAUGAUCCUGAUGACUGCUAUCGUGAGGGGCUGUUGGAAUGGCUGAAUGAAGGAGAGAGAAGCUGGCAAUCUAUGGUCAAAGCAUUGUCCAGUCCUACUGUGGGCCACAUUCACAUAGCCAGGACUAUCGAGAGAGAUCAUCUACAGUCUAGCAAUCCUACUGAUGUGAAGUCGGAGGUUGACCAUAAUCGUCAAAAGAUCAAUGAAGAUUUGACCGUUUUCUUAGACGGGCCACUCGGUAAAGGUGCAUUUGGAGCAGUUUUCAAAGCCAGGUACAGGGGCGAGAUUUGUGCAGUCAAAGUGCUGCUUCACGAUGCUAUGGAGAUGCAGGCAAGUAUUGCAGUUGGCAAAAAUGAAGAUGCUAGCAAUGCAAUUGAUCGUGAGAGUGAUUUUCUCAAGUCGUUCAAGCACCCAAACGUUGUGAAGUUUUUGUCGACUGCUAAGCACCCCAAAUCAGGUGGUACAAUCCUCGUUGUUGAGUUGAUGGAUUGCAAUCUGAGAUCCUAUUUCUCCGGCCUUGAUGAAGAGUCCCUCACUAGCGAAUGUGAAAUUAGCCUCUCCAAAGACAUGGCUUGUGGUCUGGCCUACAUUCACAGCAAGCAGAUUAUCCACCGUGACCUCUGUGGCGAUAACGUCUUGCUGAAGCUUACACUGCCAGUGCCUGUCGCAAAGAUUUCCGACUUUGGCAUGUCACGGCUUUACGAUCCCUCCAAGCUUAGCUCCACCCUAACAGCCAUUGGUCAGCGUAGAGGGUAUCUACCUCCUGAGGCCUAUCGAUUGGAAGAGGAGAAUUACGAUAAUAGCCUGGAUGUGUUUUCCUUUGGGGUGAUUUUAACGCAGAUUGUUUGCAAGUUAGAGACGAUCAAAUCAGCCAAGGAUCGAUCAUUCCAUGUUGCCCAGAUCCCUCGCACACACAGGUUGAGGAAGCUUAUCGACAGUUGUUUGCAAGAAGACAUGACGAGGAGACCAUCUGCCAGGGACAUCUAUGCUUCACUGACAAGAGACUCGGACCCAAUGGAGGCAGCAAAGAGAGAGACGAAGGACACUCAACUAGUCAAGAAGCGUUCCCCUGUACAGGCACACAGGGAACAGACUGAGCACAAAGAUGCUGAGCUGGUCAGGAGAGACGCCAUCAUUCAACAACAGAGACAGGGUCCCCCUCCCAGAGAGUUGAGACCUCCACUCACUCUGAAAUGGAGAAGAGGAAAAAACAUGCCAAUCAAGAUGGGCACCUCAGUACAGAGUGUUGUUAUCGGUGACACGGCGUAUGUUGGUGGAGGCAAUGCAGACAAUGAUCUUGACAAGUGUACAGUGAUGAAGCUCGAGCAAGAUCAAUGGACUAAACUACCAGAGUACACUGCCAAGUGGUUCGCUGUGACAUCAUUCGCUAAUCGACUAGUGCUGGUGGGAGGACGUUAUCAAAGAAACAACAAAGUCAGCAAUCAACUUGCCGUCUUUAAGUCAGGGGAAUGGACUCACCCGUACCCACCAAUGAACAUUGCUCGUAAUUCUUCAACAGCUGUCUCCUUAAACAACUACAUCAUUGUAGCUGGUGGGGUUGAUGAUGAAGGACGUAUCUCCUCCUCUGUGGAGGUGUUGGACGUGGCAUCAAGAAGAUGGUACAUUGCUCAGUCACUACCUAACCCACGAGCAGUACGACAAUCGACUCUCAUAGGAAACACCCUCUACCUAAUGGGAUGGUUCGAUCACACUGGGGAACCAACCAAGACAGUGCACCACGUCGACCUCAAUGAACUCAUUGCAAAGGCCCUUUCCAACCUGGACACACCCACUCUCUGGCAGACCUUACAGGAAGUACCACUCGUGUUGUCAGCUCCUCUCAGUAUUGGGAGGUUACUAUUAGCUGUUGGUGGAGCAGACGACAGAGUCAACCCAAGUUCAUCGAUCCACCUCUACCAGCCUGACACCAGGAGGUGGGUGAAAGUGGGAGACCUGCCUACUGCACGAUACCGCUGCACAUGCUCAGUACUUCCUAGUGGAGAGGUCAUUGUAGCUGGAGGAGAGACCAAAACUUUUUACGUUCAAACUGUGGACUUCUUCGCUAUGAGUGCUUAGUUGUUUUGUUACUAGCUAUUCACUACUAGCGUUCAAUCGGAGACGGAUCGGCCUGGGAACGAGGUUAACUACAUGUAUUCACUUGUUGUAAUAGCAUUAAUUAGCAACGAUCUUGAUUAUUAAUGUUUUUUCCUCUUGAAAUAAUAAUAAUUAUUGUAACUAUGAUUAUAAAUGAGGAAUGUAGUAUGAUCAUGAGUUUGUACAUAAGU